AGCGUUCGAAAAAAUAAACAUCAAUUUUUUAAGAUCCAGCAAAAAUAAAUGUAUAGACGAUUAUCGACGAUGACAGACGUUGUAGAUAUUAAAGCUGGAUUACGAAAUGUACUAGAAAGAAUUGCCAUCGUUUCAAAUAACAGAACUAUUCAGAAAAAUGUCCAGCUUGUUGCUGUUAGUAAAACAAAGCCUGUUGAAGCGAUUUUAGAAGCAUAUGAGGAAGGUCAGAGGCAUUUUGGAGAGAAUUAUGUGCAGGAAUUGCAAGAUAAAGCAAACGAUCCCGUCAUUCUUGAGAAAUGUAAAGACAUCAAGUGGCACUUUAUAGGACAUUUGCAGUCCAACAAAGUCAAUAAAGUUGUUAAGCUUCCUAACAUUCAUAUGGUUGAAACGAUCGACAGCCAAAAACUUGCUGAAAAUGUAAACUCAUCUUGGGAGAAGUAUAGACUUAAUGACAGUGGUAAGCUAAAAGUCCUUAUUCAAGUUAAUACAAGCGGUGAAGAGAACAAAAGUGGAGUCAAUCCAAAAGAAGUGUCUCAGCUAUACGAUUAUAUGAAUCAGAAAUGCACAGCACUUGAGACUGUUGGACUGAUGACAAUUGGAGAAUAUGGAUAUGAUUAUUCUAAAGGACCGAAUCCUGAUUUUGUAAGUUUACUAGAAUGUGCUAAAAGCGUUAAGGGAAAUGAAUCAUUAGAACUGUCAUUUGGAAUGUCUGAUGACUUUGAGAAGGCUAUUGAAAUUGGCAGCACGAUUGUCAGAGUAGGAAGUUCAAUAUUCGGAUACCGUACCAAAAAAUAAGAAAAGGAACGGCCUUGGAAAAUUUGAAUUUUAUGAAAUUUAAAAAGCGGUAAAAAUUUGAAAAACUCGUUAAAAAGUAAAAUUCCU